AUGGGGUCAAGCUCAGUACCGGUUUCUAAAAAUGUGGAGAAGUGGAGAGAGCAUCCUCCAUCUUCGUAUUCCCUAAAGAUUCACAACUUCUCACUACUUGAGAAUUCGACUUCUUCCUCUGACGAUAAAUACCAAUCUCGUGUUUUCUCCUCCGGUGGAUAUAACUGGAGAUUGAUCGUAUACCCGAAAGGAAAUGAAAAGGACAAUGGAAGUGGAUUUAUCUCCUUGUACGUGGAAAUAGACAACGAAAGCUUGAUGAUAUCCACACCACCAAAUGAGGCUUUUGCCGAACUCCGUUUUUUUGUCUUCAACAAGAAACAAAACAAGUACUUCACUAUUCAAGAUCUAGAAGUAAAGCGGUUCAAUGCACUUAAAACGGUGUGGGGAUUGCAACAAGUUCUUCCAUGUGACACAUUCAUUAACCCUGAAAAUGGCUAUAUUUUCGAUGGAGAUCAAUGUGAGUUUGGUGUUGAUGUCAUCGUUGCUCCACCACUUACCAAGUGGGAGAUCCCCUCUUUCAAUGAGAAACUCAUUAAUCCCAAGUUCUCAUGGACUGUUAAGAACUUUUCUUUCUCGAAAGAGGAUGAACACUCAUCAAACCUUUUUUCAAUGGGAGGAAGGAAUUGGGUUCUAAAGCUGUAUCCGAAGGGCUAUAAAAACGAUGGCAAAUGGUUAUCUGUUUUUCUGCAUUUAGCUGAUUUUGAUAAACCAAAAGCAGAUGAGAAGAUCUUCAUUCAAGGAAAUUUUCGAGUUCUAGACCCACUUGGAUCCAUUCACAAGGAUGGCCAAUUCUAUGACUGGCACGUUGAAGCAAACGCUGGUUGGGGUUGGAAUCAAUUUUUGUCUUCAGAUGAACUUCGGAAGCUUUACUUGGACAAGGAAGAGAAUUUGAAUGUUGAGGUUAAAAUUGAAGUUGUUUCUGAGACAAAAUACUCUCCCAUUACCUAA